AUGCCUAAGCGUUGCUUCACUAGCUGGCUUGCCAUGCACAGAAAGCUACUUACAAAGGAUAGAUUGCUAAGGCUGAAGAUAAGCCAAGACAACUGGUGUAUUAUUUGUGGAAGCCAACCAGAGACAGUGGAACAUUUAUUUUUUGAGUGCAAAUUCUCUGCGGCAUGCCUACAGAUGCUAUUAAAAUUGGUGCAGAAAGGUACAAUAAAAAAUGAUGUCAAGGGGGUAUGGCAUAGAUCAAUAAGAGCGGUCAAAGGGAAGAAGUGCAGGGCGCUUAUCACAGCAAUGACAGCAGUGUUGAUAUACAUAAUAUGGUGGGCAAGAAAUGAAGCUCUAUGGAACCAGCGAGCCCCUUCACCGGGUGUUAUAUGUGCACAAGUCCAGCAAGAAUGCAAGAUUAGAGUAGUAAUUUUUUACACAGGAAAUGUAGCAGGAAUGAGAGGGAGUGGAUAG